AGCUCCACGACAAAGCACCAUAUUGACCACACACGAUGUCUUCAGGCUAUGGACUCAACGGCGGCCCCUCGCGCUGCUUUCCAUUCUGGCAAGAGGUCCUAGCUUGCUACGUUGUCAACACCACCUCCGAGGACGAUUCAGGAAAGCGGAAAUGUUCGCCAAUGCUGGAGGAUUACUAUGAGUGCUUGCACCACAAGAAAGAAGCUACGAGAGUACGCACAUUACAACAAGCAUACCGAAAAGCGGAGGCAGCAAACCUGCGAGACGAUGCACCGAAGGCGGGCGCAAUAAGGAACCUGGGGCUGCUGGACAAGGAUGAAGAUAGCAAGGCUGUACUGGGCAAGUAA